CUCCUUCCCCUUCCCUCCACUCUAUAUUAAUAUUCAGCUCUCCUUUCCUUUCCUGAUUGCUCUGCUACUUCCUUUUCCUUCCUUCCCUUCUCUCAUGAUCACAUCUUUGUUCUGCUAAGAAUUCAUUGCUGACAUUUCACCUAACGGGACAAGAACGACCAAGAAAGAAAGGAACUUCCUAUAAUUAGAUUAGUUCUUUUACAGUUGAAUUGGUUGGCCGGGAAUGGGGAGGCACUCUUGCUGUUACAAGCAGAAGUUGAGGAAAGGCCUCUGGUCUCCUGAGGAGGACGAGAAGCUCCUCCGGUACAUCACCAAGUACGGCCAUGGUUGUUGGAGCUCCGUCCCUAAACAAGCCGGUCUGCAGAGGUGCGGGAAGAGCUGCAGGCUAAGGUGGAUUAACUACCUCAGGCCUGAUUUGAAGAGAGGCACGUUCUCUCAGGAGGAAGAGAACCUUAUCAUUGAGCUCCAUGCAGUCCUAGGAAACAGGUGGUCUCAGAUAGCUGCGCAGCUGCCCGGAAGAACGGACAACGAGAUCAAGAACCUGUGGAACUCGUGCCUGAAGAAGAAGCUGAGGCAAAAGGGCAUUGACCCUGCGACCCACAAGCCGCUGUCAGAGGUUGAGAAUGGAAAUGACAAGGACAACAAAUCAUCGAAAGCCCAGGAGAAGGCUCACAGCUCCAAGCCCAAUUCAGCCGUAACCGAGCAGAGAUCAUCACUGUCGCCACCGCAGGCCUUUCAGAUGAAGCAGGAAGAUGACGCAGCAAUGGCAAGCAAUGGCAGCUCUGCUUUCAGCAGAGACUACUACUCAGAAGAGAGCUUCAAUCCUCUGCAGGCAUUGGGCAGUUACGCACCCAACACCCAAGUCCCAAGCUGCUCGGCGAUCUCCAGCCCUUCCAUUUGGCUCGCCCAGAUGGGCAAAUCAUUCGGGAUGAACUCGGAACUCAAUCUCGACACUAACCUGAUACCAUCUAUCCUCCCGCAGUCCACCAGCUCAUACCUCUCCAGCCCAGUCGGUUUCAGGCCUUCGGCGACAGUUCUAACCGAGAGCCUUCCGCUGAAGUCCUUUCCACUCGACGAGACCAGGCUCUGGGACCCAAGCAAUGCUUCGAGUUCAAGCAAUAAUAGCAACGGGUCGUUCAUCGAGAGCGGAAUUUUCUCUUGGGGGUUAGCCGACUGCAGCGCAUCCGACAAGGAGUCCUCUAAUUCAGUCUGUCUCAUGGAAUCACAAAAUCAAACCGGAGAAGUCAAGUGGGCAGACUAUUUUCCCAAUUCAUCUCUGCUAAUGGCAGCAGCGAACUUCCAGAACCCGACUCCGCAGUCACUGUACAAUGAAAUCAAAUCAGACGUAUCUCAUUUCAUCGCGAGCAGUAGCUCGAGUUUCCUGUGGCCCCAACAGAACCAGCUCUGCUGAUUGGAAGAGAGAAUUCAGAUCAUUCCGAUCAUCAGUUUGUAUAUAGGAUUCCAUAAUUCCUAUUAAUCUCAAACAACAUUUUCUUAGUUUUGUUUUGGAUUUGAAUAGAUUUGAGCAGCGAGAAUUAAGGCCUACUGUUGUUUUUCCUUUUUUUUUUUUUUUUUUUCUUAUUCCCGGUAAAUCACGAGUUAUCCCCAACCUAUCCGUCCACUGUUGUUUCUGUUUGCAUGUGAGGUUAAAAUGUAGAAACGGAGAGAUUGGAUUUGGA